GUUAAGUUGAGACAAUAUCGGUACAAUGGUGGGCCACCGGCCACACUUGUCAUUGUUUAACAUGAUUGUGUUGUGCGUACUGUUCAGGUUAACUCAAAUGAUGAUCAACCCUCCGAAAGCCGAGUAAGUGUGGAAAUAAAUGAGGAAAAGAAUGAUUCACCUAACGAUCCUAUUUUUGAUCCUCUACCAGUUCGAGAACAAGGUUCAAACAAGUUCAGAAAGAUCACUCUACUCAGGAUAUCAUUAGGGACGUACAUGGGGGAAUUCAAACUCGCAGACAAGCUGCAACUCAGGUAAGUAUUGAUUCUGCUUUUGUAUGCUUCUUCACUGAAAAUGAGGUGAACAUUAACAUAAUUUUGAAUUGUGGUUUUGUUUCACUUAUUGAACCAAAGAAUGUUAAAGAGGCUUUGAAUGAUGAUGAUUGGGUGAAUGCCAUGCAUGAUGAGUUAAAUCAGUUUACUAGGAAUGAUGUAUGGUAUCUUGUGCCUAGGCCUAGUAAGUGUAAUGUAAUAGGUUCCAAGUGGAUUUUUCGAAAUCAAAGUGAUGAGCAUGGAAAUGUUACUAGGAACAAAGCUAGACUUGUUGCUCAAGGUUACACACAAGUUGAAGGACUUGAUUUUGAUGAAACCUUUGCCUCCGUUGCAAGGCUUGAAUCUAUUAGACUUCUUCUUGCUAUUGCUUGUCAUCUUCGCUUUAAGUUGUACCAAAUGGAGGUAAAAAGUGCCUUCUUGAAUGGUGUGUUGCAAGAGGAAGUUUAUGUUGAACAGCCUCAGGGAUUCAAAGACCCUUCCAAUCUUGAUCAUGUGUGUAGACUUAAAAAAGGCUUUGUAUGGUUUGAAACAGGCUCCAAGAGCUUGGUAUGAGCGUCUGUCUACUUACCUAGUAAGUAAAGGGUACAUUAGAGGUUCAGUAGAUUAAACCUUGUUUGUUAAAAGGGAUAAGAAACAUAUCAUGAUUGCUCAAGUGUAUGUUGAUGAUAUCAUAUUUCGCUCCACUUCUAAUACUUAUGUUAAAGAAUUCACUAACAUCAUGGAAAGUGAAUUUGAAAUGAGCAUGUAUGGGGAGUUGAAUUAUUUUCUUGGUCUUCAACUUCGUCAACUGAAAGUAGGUAUGUUUCUAUCUCAAACUAAGUAUGCUGAGAAUCUUGUUAAAAAGUUGAGGCUUGAAUCUGCUAAAAUUGUCACCAAUCCCAUGAGUACAAGUGCCAAACUUAGUGAGGACCUCACAGGUAAGUCUGUUGACCAAACUCUCUACAAAAGUAUGAUUGGUAGUCUUCUUUAUCUCACUGCUAGUAGGCCUGACAUAUCAUAUAGUGUUGGAGUUUGUGCUUAUUUUCAGGCAAAUCCCAGGGAAUCUUAUUUGGAAGCCGUAAAGCGUAUCAUACGAUAUGUAUCAUGUACAACAAAUUGCGGCAUCUAUUUUACCUUUGAUACUAAUGUUGAAAUUGCAGGAUAUUCAGAUGCAGAUUGGGGAGGAAACUUGAAAGAUCGAAAAAGUACCUCUGGAGGUUGUUUCUUUGUGGGAAACAACAUGGUGGCCUGGCAUAGCAAGAAGCAAAAUUGCAUAUCUCUUUCCACUACUGAAGCAGAGUAUGUAGCUGCAGGUAGUUGUUGUACUCAAGCGCUUUGGAUGAAGCAAAUGCUUCGUGACUAUGGAAUAUCACAAGGUCCUCUGCAUAAAUGAGCUGAAAGGAAGAAAUGAAGUUUCCUGUUUCAACCAGGAAAUCCUGUUCAGAAGAGGAAACUUUGACAAAGCAAGAAUCCUAAGUCAACCAAGAAGCAUGAUCGAAAUAAUGAAGGGAAAUGACGUUAGGAGGCAUCAAGGCUUGAAGAUAACGCAUGGAGGCCUAAGAUCCUUCUAGAAUGUUGUGGAUUUCAGCAAAAUGGAUAAAAGCCCAUUGGGAAUUAGGGUUUGUGACGCAAAAGAGA